GUUAUCCCGCCAGUCGUGAGAUAAUGACCGCAUCGCCCAAGCAUCAACGGGAAAGACGGGAUCUAGCUAUGGCGGCCCAGAAUCCCACACCCUCGGCUAUCGCCCAAGUAUGUAAUUGGCGCAUCCUGGUCAUAGGGUACAGGUACGGUACCGCUGCCGGGCGGCAACACAAUCUCAAAUCUCAACAUUGAUUGUGCCAGUUUCGAUUAUUUCAUCUUUUUUUUUUACUUUAAAAAAAAAUAACAUCCUUCUUGUGGGGGGGAGAAACGUAGGACAGCCGGUGCACGUGGAUAUGUGCAUUUCACAAGCACUCUGCGGUCCUUGUAGCACUCGCUCUAAGUCGCUCCGGAGAUCUAGAAUCUCGUCCAAACCUCAGUCGGGUAGAAAUGAUACGGUAAGAUUGAUCAUAAAGCGAAACAAUCAAGUACCAGUACCUAGCUGCGCGGACGGCGAAUGGCGGUUUCAAAGCAAACUCGAAGACAUCUGUGCCUGUUCACACGGUCAUCAUAGGUGCUAUUUCGUGCUAGUACAUCUAGCCGUAGUGGUAGUAGUAUGCUGUAUUGGGUAGUCGCCGGAUAGCGGUUUGAGCAAACUGUGAGAGUUUGUGACGCUCCAGCCAUUCUCUGUCAUACCGAUUUGUAAGUGGAAAGGCCAGGCAUAUGCAGAAUGGUAUCUUUAGCAACAAGGCGACGGGUACUCGGUCAUUGGACACCACUCUGUCCGUUAGUGCACACGUGUCGCUGUAAAGGAUGCCGAGAUCGAAGCCAAGUGCAAGCCAGUCUCAGUGGCGAGCU